AUUGAACUCUUUGUCUAUCUAAUAUAUAUUCAUCACUAAUCUUAUUCUGCCUUGUUGCUGUAGUUACGUUUCAUCUAACAUAAAUGAUUAUUUUUUCAAAAUAAAGAUGUAUUAUUCUGCAUUAUGUGUUACACGAACAUUGAAUGUAUCUUGUAAACGAUAUUUGAGUUCUACUAAAUUACCAUCACAAAUUGUUAUACCAUUAAGCAGAGAUAUGAUUGUCUGUUGGCAUCCAGAACCGAAAUUCCCUUAUGAAUAUUCAUUACCAUUACCAGAAGAGAAAAAAGUUUCAUCCAAUUCUGUUUUGUCUAUUGGUGAAAAAGAAAUCAGUGAAGUUUUUAAACACAAGAAACCUCAAGUAGUUGUCGAAGAGCUUGCUAAAAUGACAUAUACUACAAAACAUAGAUGGUAUCCUAAAAAGGAUAGAAAAGUAAUCAAGAUAAAACCAGAGAGACCAUAUCUGUAGAUGUAAUUUAUAUUCUAAAUAAACCUAAUGAAAUACCAUUGAAUAAAAUUAAAAUUAAACAAGAA